AUGUAUCGGAAGUUGUCUAAGUUAGAACACUCGGAAAUAAAACAACUUCUUACAGAAGCUAAUAUAGAUGUUGCAAAGCAUUACACAACAAACAAAAAGGCACUCGCUGACAUCCUCAAUGACUAUAAUGGUGAAAUAACUUAUGAUAGAAUUCAUGAGUUCAUAAAGCCGCAACGCGGCGAGGACGAAGUCCAUGCAAGAGCAUUUCCUUUAAAUGACGUUGCUAUUGACUUAUAUCAUAGACGUUCAAUACCUCAUGAAGUAAGAAGAGAGAUGUUUGACAUAACAAAUGCAAACGUUGGUGAAACAAGAAGAAGAGACGACACACUGAAACAACAGAGAAGAGAGAUGUUUAAAAGUGCUAUAGAACAAGUUCGCAAAGCUAACGAUGUCAUUCGUUCCAUUGACGACAAACCAAAAGAAGGUGAGAGAUGGUUAAAGAAAGAUGAAGAG